CAAGACAUUGCUAUAAAGGCAGCAGGUGACGGCACAAAGUCAUUCUCAGCCCACGAGCAGGGACUGUGACAAUGACUGGACACCACUGCUGGGGAUAUGGAGAGGAAGACGGUCCCUCCGAAUGGUACCGUUACUUCCCCAUCGCUCAGGGAAACCGUCAGUCCCCUAUAAACAUAGUGCCCAACCAAGCCGUCUUCAACCCCAGCCUGAGACCGCUGGUUUUCAACUAUGACCAGUGCACGUCAGUCAAUAUGUCCAACAACGGCCAUUCCGUCAUGGUGGAGUUUGACGACAAUGACGACAAAACGGUGAUCAGCGGGGGUCCUCUCGACGAGUCCUACCGACUGAAGCAGUUCCACUUUCACUGGGGGACGCAGCGCCACCAGGGAUCCGAGCAUACAGUGGAUGGGAUAUCUUACCCGUGUGAGCUCCAUCUGGUUCACUGGAACGCCAAGGCGUACCCCACGUUCGGGGACGCGGCCGCAGCAUCGGACGGCCUGGCGGUGGUUGCCAUUUUUCUGGAGAGCGGCGGCCAACACCCAGGACUCAACAGGCUCACCGAUGCCCUGUACAUGGUCAAGUUUAAGGGAACAAAAACACAGUUUGAUAACUUUAAUCCAAAGUGCCUCCUGCCUAAAAGCCUGGAAUACUGGACAUACCCCGGCUCGCUGACCACCCCGCCGCUGAAUGAAAGCGUCACGUGGAUCGUCCUCAAAGAGACAAUCAAAGUUUCGGAAAAACAGAUGGACAAGUUCCGGAAAACGUUGCUGUUCUCGGGAGAAGAAGAAGACGAACGUAUCCAGAUGGUCAACAAUUUCCGACCCCCGCAGCCACUCAACGGGAGGAAAGUCCAGGCAUCUUUCAAGGGCUAAAGAAGACCCCCCCCCCUGUUAUAAAGCUUUUAGAGACGAAAUGAAUUGUUCAUACAGGGCUUCCAGAAACCACAUCAUGCCUUACUUCUCUACGCAAUAACAGACUCAGUGGUCCCCGCUGU